AUGUUGUUUUCCCUCGGGUUUCCUCCGCAGACCGUCGCGGCGGGCGUGGGGCUGGUGUGGAGCGCGAAGACGUGGGGCAACACCCGCCUCCACUUCUGCCAGCUGUGCGGCCACCACUCCACCAACGAGAACGACGUCGCCCGGCACGUCCGCAUCCACCCCGGCGUGAAGCCGUACAACUGCGAGGAGUGCGGGCGAAGCUUUUGCCAGAAGGCGCACCUCACCCGCCACCGGAUCAGCCACCGGAAGAUCUCGUGA